AUGGCUUCGCUGUACACGGUCAGAAGGAUGCUGUGUGCCGCCGCGGACGGAGCGGCUGCCGCGGCUGCCGCAGCCCCGAAAGGCCGCUGGGAGAGGCUGAAAAGCAGCAAAGCAGAGGAGGGUGUGAAUGCUAACUGGGGGCUGUCCCCUCUGCUGUGCGCAGGCGUGUGGUGCCGCAGCCUGCUCUCCGACUACAGGGAGGCGUGCCGGGAGAUGGUGGUGGGCGCCUGGGAGCGCCCGCUGCGCAGCUCUGCGUACGGCGCCCUGCUGGCCGGCGUCUGGGCCUGCUUCCACACCAACCCCGGGCGCUGCUCCUUCGAGGCGGCGCUGCUGGAGCGCUCCAACCAGCUGGGCCUGCUGUCGGCGUGGACGCGCAGCGCCGCGGCCGACGGCCACGUGCAGAGCCUGGCGCGGCUGCGCGAGCAGGGCCGGCUGGGCUACGCCAGCCUGGGCCUGCUCUCGCUGGUCUACCGCGCCGAGAACCACGGCGACACCAUGCUGUUCGAGGCCCGCUGCCCCGACCUGGCGGCGCCCUGGAGGGAGCUGCCCGGCCGGGUGCUGGACGUGGGCUUCACCGGCCGCUGGUGGGUGCUGGACUCCAAGAUGGAGGACUACGACAUCAACGAGGAGGAGUUCAAGCAGCUCCCCGCGCACAUGCAGGACACCCGCCCCCCCGGCGUGGAGGAGGUGGAGCGCAACGAGAGGCUGCACAGGGAGUCCUGGCUGCCCGUGGCCGUGGAGGAAGAGGAGGACGGUCCAGCCGUCGCUGCUGGGACGGACAGAGCCGGCCAGGAGAGUCAGACAGACGCAGCGAGGGAGGAACGGACUUAA